CUUUACCUGCUUCCACAGCCAGGCAGGAAAAGCCAGCCUUUCUAAUGGGUAUUAACCCUCACAACUUCAAGAGCCGGUUCCUCGUCUAAAGCAGUCUUUUGUGAGAAAUUUAUCGCACCGAUUGCGAAAAAGCUCCACUGCGGGUGUGGUCGCUUGAAGGUAGGUAAUACAGGGUUUGUUCCUGGCACGAGAUCUGCAAGGCUGCUCUGUGAGCAGUGCUGUGCUUUGUGGGUAUGCUGUGUGCGGUAUGCUGACAUUUAGGUCAGUAGGUAGAAGUUUCAGAACCCCUUCUGAACAGCUUUAGAGGGCCAUAGGUGGUGACGGGAAUGGGCGCGGACUCGACUUUUAACUGCCACCGCUCACAAGCUAGCACCAGCGAGCCUUUUUGGUAACGGUCGACCAUCGAUGGCUGCCCGCCAUCUCCUCGGCGUCCUUCGGUCGCUGACGGCAAAUCCUGGGGAGCAUCUGUCUCAUGCUGCUGCGGCCCGAGCAUAUGCUUCUUCUGCUCUGCUGCGCACCAGCCCCGCCUCCGCCUUUCUAGGCAUCCAGUCUGCCUGGGAUCGAGCGUUCAGCACGGACAAUGCGUCGAGCAGUGCGCAAGGGUUGGGAGCAAGAGAACGGCGGAGAGCCAAAGAACGUUCUCGCACAGCUGUCCAGCCAGGAGGGGUCAAAGAGCGCGUCCCUUUUGAGCUGCAAGAGGGCGGCGGCAAAGGCGAUCAGGACCUGGACCUUCAGGAACCGACGGGGAUCUUUCACAUCUACGACCGCGAGGAGCCGAAUGAGAAGGACGAGGACGAUCCAGGGGUGCCGUGGGGAACGAUCUCGCUGACGGGGCCGCCGCCGGACUACCUGUCGCCCAGUCUGAGCACCAAAUCGAAGAAUGCAAUCUAUGCAGCGUACAAGGAGGACCCGAGCGAGAAGACGGUGGCCAAGCUGGCGGCCGACUAUAAGAUCCUGAAGCAGCGUGUGCAAGCCAUUCUUUUCUUGAAGGAACGGGAGGAGGUUUGGGAGAAGGAGGUCCUGGAGAAGCAGGACGAUGAAACCAAGGAGAUGUUCAAGGAGAUGGAUGAAGUGUUUGACUCGGAGGCGUCGGAACGAGGCGGAGGUGAGCGGUUGUGGCUGCCGAUGGCCACUCGGAUGAAACCAAAACUGGUGGUCGAGAACGACGAGUACGAAGCGGACGCCGUCGUAUCGACCAGCGGCAUGUCGUGGGAUAAGGCCUCGGAGCGCUACGAGGGGAUCGAGUACCUGGAGUUUCUGGAGCGCCUGCAAUUCAACCGGAGACUGGGCGAAGUCAAAGCAAAAGCAGAGGACCGGAAGCGACCGGAUGAGGGGUGGACGUUUCUGAUUGAGGAGCUAGGCAAAGAAGGGAAGAGAGGAAAGGGCGGGGGAAAGCGCUUCGUCGCAAAAGCGGAUGGGACCCGCAGGCCGCUGAACGACCUAGAGAAGCUGAUGAUGAAGAGGGAGACGCCCAAACGACGGAAGUUUGACUUCUUGUGAGGGUUGUGAGGCUGACCUGGACGAACGGGACUGGGUUUGAUCGUUACAAUUAGUCUCCGAUUAGUCUGCCAGUGCCACGUUCAUCACUUUCAUUGCAGUUCCGUACCUCGAAGGUGCAAUUGUUGCGGAACUCAUUCCGCAAGUUCUCACCCGCUGUGGGCUGGAUUGAAGGUCGAUUGGCCUGGACGCCACACAACGCGCAUUGAGCAGUACAAUGCGAAUGUAUUGCUGUGGCCAAUAUUAGGAAAACAGUGAAGCUGCGUUGUUCAGAGUACUAAUUGCUGGCUUAACUUAACACUGUGACAUGCAGAGUCUGACGCCGUCAUUCGGG